CUUGGCAUUUGCAUUUCUAUUCUGUGACACCUGUAAACAUUUUAAAACCUAUGUCGUUUUUUUUAAUGAAAGCAACGUGGUUGAUGCUAUGGAGAUGCUAAAGAUUAACAUCGUGGCGGCUACUGUGCUCUUCGUAUACCCCGCCAUGACAAAAGGCCAGCAAUGCCCUCCGCCGGACAUUCAACAGUUGCUGACAACCACCGUUCUCGGUUUUCGACAAGACCUUGAAAAUCAACUCCAGGAGCACAGGGAAAACAUAACAAGAGUUAUAGAAGCCAACAAUGGCGAUAAAACUGCCCCUGCAGUGAGAAUGGCGGCAAUAAAUAUGAUAGAUGGAUUCAUCACGCUCUCUCAGACAGUUAAAGGAGAAGCAGACGUUCUUGUUCUCUGUCUGACAAUAAUUGGCGAGCAAGUGUAUCGACCAAGGAUAGAAGAUUUCAGUAACUUCUUGCAGACGACAAUUGGCAAGCUGAAUACUAUGAAAUCCCGAAUCCAGGCUUUAUUGCCAUCCAAUAGGGAAAGGAGACAGACGGGAGACGUCACUGGAGCCAUAUUAGACGCUUUACUGCAGUCUAUCAAAGAUUAUCUCACAGACAUGCAAUCAUUCCUUGACAAAUUUCUUGGACCCGAAGCGAACUACGCAUGCAGAGUCGACCCUGAUGAAAUUUUCCUCACUGUUUACGAUGGCAUCGGCUUCGAUGUGCGCAGCGUCUUUGUGGAGAACUAUAAAGGCCAUACGGGGUGCGAGGCGGUAGAAGGAGAUGGAAGUUUUGCCACGCCUUUCACCCUGUCAAUCAAUACGAGCACCUGUGGAGUAGCGGGCAACGGUACAACAGCAGCGCCGUAUACGGUCAAAGUCCUAGCAACGAGGAGUGACGUCAUCAUCAGCUUGUCCGACUUUGAGUUUGUCUUAGCAUGCAAUGGUAGCACGUCCACCCAAACGUCAACCAACGUCACUACAGAUGGCGCCAGAUAUAUACCUGGGGUCCCUGUUAUCAGAACCGAGGAGGUGUUUCUUUAUGUGUUUAACAGCAACGACCAAAAGAUUAAUGGAUGUCAACUAGGAGAAGAUAUUAAACUCGGGAUAGAGUUGACCAAAUCCCCAACUGCACAAGGUGCACGUCCGAUGAACUGCAUUGCUUAUAAUCCCAACAGAACGGCAGAAAUCGCAUUGCUGGUUGAUGGAUGCCCACUGACAACCAAUCCACUGGACGCCAUACUUGCAUUGGGAUUUGCAAGACAAGCCACGUCGGCGGAGACUGCAGUGUCACAUAGCGGUCUAUUCAAGUGCUUCAGAUUCCCAAGCAGUUUCUGGUACACGAUAGAGUGUGAAGUCGAAUUUUGUUCAAAGGACGAUGACACCGAAUGUAUAAACGCGCCGACCUGUGGUCAGAGAAGACGUCGGUCUGUGUCAGUCGAUAGAGUUCAAAAGGUCUACGAUACGAUCAGGGUGACACUAGGCCGUCAAUCGGGCCACGGAGUAAGCUUUACUGGUGACAACUGGACAGGUGUCCAUGACGAGAAGUCAUCGCAGACAACUAUGGCGCCAAAGAUAUGGGAAUCCACGGAGUUCAUUGGUGUCGUCUGCGCUCUGGGGGUCGCCUCUCUUAUUAUUGCAAUAAUGUGUUUUGUUACGUGCUAUCAGCGACGGAUGAUUCUGAAAUCAAAAGAAAACAGUAAAUUUAUUUCAUAGUCUAGAAUAACGUUUUGCUGUAAGACAUCAUGCACAGUUACACAGUUAUAUGCCUUGCGGACUGAGCACCCUGGCGAAGUAAUAUGCAAGGGUUAGUGCGUACACUUCUUUGUUUGAUGUGCUGUACACUCCUCUCAAAUUUAUUUUACGUCAUUUUAUAGUCUUGAAUCGGGCAGCUGUACAAAAUCAUAAUUACGAUAUCCACUAUUCUGAGUUAUUGUU